AUCAAAUAUUAACAAUGUUAGCAAUGUAUACCAUUCUAGAACAGAAAUCCCAGAUAAACCAGCACCAGAUUGGAUACGAUUUGUAUGUGUUAGUGAUACUCAUAAUAUGGUCAACUCUAGGAAUUUUACAGUACCUGAAGGCGAUGUUUUACUUCAUUCAGGUGAUUUGACCAAAGUAGGGACUGUGGAUCAACUAGAACAAGCUGUCAAUUGGUUGAAAGAUCUUCCACAUAGACAUAAAAUUGUCAUUGCUGAAUUCCAUACUGUUAAAGAUAAUCACGAUAAAGCAAUUGGCAUAAUAAGCAAAGUAGGUAAUGGAUUUGUUUAUUUACAAGAAAGUUCAUAUGUAAUUCCUGAAAUUGGAUAUAAAGUGUAUGGAAGUCCAUGGACUCCAUGGUUUUGUGAUUGGGGGUUUAAUGGUGAGCGUGGAGAAUUUUUAAAAGAAAUAUGGUCAAGAAUACCAGAAACAACAGAUAUACUUAUGACGCAUGGACCACCAUCCAAUAUACUUGAUCUUGUCGAUGGCACUGAAAAUGUUGGGUGUGAAGAUCUUUAUCAACGAGUUGAAGAAGUAAAACCAUUGAUUCAUCUUUUCGGUCAUAUUCAUGAAUCUUAUGGAAUAAGCGUUAUAAAGUAA